AUGUAUGACGAGUCUGCAACGUCAUCACAUAUCGCAUUGUUGUCUCACGGUAUACUAUAUCGCCAUGGUAUAUCAUGGUGUAGUGCAUCACCAUUAAAUAUCACGGUGUGGUAUAUCGCCAUUAUAUAUCACAGUGUGGUAUAUCGCCAUGGUAUAUCACAGUGUAGUGCAUCACCAUUAAAUAUCACGGUGUGUUAUAUACCAUACCACACCACACCACACCAUACCACACCACACCACAACACCACAACACACCACACAACACCACACCACACCCACCACAACACACCACACCACAACACCACAACACAACCACAUCACACAACACCACAACACCACACCACACAACACCACACCACAACACCACAACCACAACCACAACACACCCCACCACAUCCACCACACCACAACACACCACCACACCACAACACACCACCACACCACACCACAACAUCACACCACCACACCACACCACACCACACCACACCACUACUAUACUGUGCAUAA